AGUCUUCGUGAUUCAGUCACGUGAUAUCAAGAUGGCGUCUGAACCACCCCCAUUUGACGAGGAAACAGAUCAGAAGGACGAAGAUGAUCUAUUUUCUGACGCCAAGGAGCAAAAGUCUGAGCCAUCACCUAGUGAAGAGCCAGCAAGUUUGCCCAUCAAUGAUGAGGAUGCUGGAAUUAAAGAAAAAGAGGAGGAGGACUUGUUUGCUGGAGGUGGAGAUGAGGUGAAGCUGGAUGACUCAGACAAUGAGGAGGAGGAAGUCCCCCCUGUAGCAGCUGCCGUGCCAGAGAAGGAAGCAGCUGAACCCGUUGUCGGUGCCGUCAGCCCCAAACCUGAACCAACCCCUCAGAUCAGUGUUUCCCAGUCCUCUACAGCAUCGUCAAAAUUGUCAGGGACGACAAAGAGCUCUCGAGAUGAGGUGGAUGUUGAUGAUGAGGAUGAAGGCACCAUAGAGAUUCGGGUGAUGGAGCCACAGAAGAUGGGUGAUGGCAUCGGCGCAUACAUGGUGUACCGAGUUGUAACUAAAACCAGCAUUCCAGCAUUCCGCAAUCCAGAGUUGAGUGUUUUGCGGAGGUUCAGUGACUUCCUGGGUCUACAUGCCAGGCUCCAGGAGAAAAAUGUCAAGAUGGGAAUCAUUGUCCCCCCAGCACCAGAGAAAAGCGUCGUUGGUAUGACGAAGAUCAAGAUGUCCAAGGAAGAGUCGGGUUCUUCUGACUUUGUGGAGAGGAGACGAGCAGCACUUGAAAGGUACUUGAAUCGCACAGCUCAGCACCCAGUUCUGAGGAGUGACCCUGACCUCCAGGACUUCCUGGAACGGGACGGGGAGCUGCCAAAGUCGACCAGCACCUCGGCUCUCAGCGGUGCCGGGGUCAUGCGGCUCUUCCACAAGAUGGGGGAUGCUGUUGAGAAAAUUACUUUCAAGAUGGAUGAAACUGAUGAGUCAAUAGGCCUUUAUCUGCAUACUUAUUUUUGCUCAAUCGUCCCUCGCUCCCCAUCGUGUGGCGGCCAGUGGAGCUACCAGAUGGAGUGGUUUGAGGAGAAACAGCAACAGAUUGAGGCCUUGGACCAACAGCUCCGUAAACUCCACUCCAGUGUUGAGGCCCUCUCCAUGCACAGGAAAGAGCUAAGCAUGACAACGGCCGUGUUUGCCAAGAGUGCUGCCAUGUUGGGGAGUGUGGAGGAACACACGGCUCUGUCACGGGCCUUGUCCCAGCUGGCCGAGACGGAGGAGAAGAUCGAGCAGCUGCACAGAGAACAGGCAGAGCAUGACUUCUUCACCAUGGCUGAACUCAUGAAGGACUACAUCUCCCUCAUAGGAGCAGUCAAGGAGGUGUUUCAUGAGCGCUACAAGCUGUACAAGAACUGGAAGGAUGCUGAGGUGGUCCUGGGGAAGAAACGCGAGAAUAAGGCUAAACUGGAGGUGCAACACAAGACAGACAAGAUCUCACAGGCACAGCAGGAGAUCACAGAGUAUGAACAAAAGGUAGAGAAAGGCCAAGAGGAUUUUGAGAAGAUCUCUGACACAAUAAGGAAAGAGAUUCGCCGCUUUGAAAAGUAUCGGGUCAUAGACUUCAAGAACAGUGUAGUGAAAUACUUGGAAGCUCUGAUGGAGAACCAACAGAAGAUGAUAAAGUUCUGGGAAACAUUCCUGCCGGAGGCCAAAGCUAUUGCAUGAUACCCCCGGUGUUCGGAGACUGUACAGUGGACAUCUACUACAAUAAUCAAUAUUUAAUUUACAUUGUCCUUAAGUCAUCAAGCUUGUUUUCAAGCUAGUCAGUGAGUCUGGUUUUGUACUGCAUAACAACUUGAUCCCAGGAGCUCUGCUGGAGUCCGUCACUGACCCUGGAGUGCUUGCUGGCAGUCUGUCUUACUGACUCAGUGUCCUCCACAAUAUAUAUUGUACCAGCGAAGAGGCCCCACAAAUAGUACCAUCAACUACAACAUUGUCCCAUGGUUGGGAUUCCUGUUUCAAAUCUGUUCACAGAUUUGUUAAGAUUUACAAGUUUUCUUUAUGCUGUCCAUUUCAAGGUGUAGAUUGUCAACAUUUGAACUGAAAUCUUAUGGACCUUUUGGAUACAAGUUGCUGGACAUACAUUUGCCUUAUUUAGUUCCUAGACUAUGCCGAAGGUUUAAUGAUGCAGUCAUUCUUCUGUCUGAUCAAUAAGUACAAAUAUGUGAUAUUUUAUAUUCUUCAUAACAUUCAGUUUAUGUUUCUGAUUGAUAGUGAAAUAUUAAACAAGGUGAACACUCUUGAAAUGAACCAACUUCUCACUGGUAGCAACAGGAUUAGCUUUUCUCUGCGGGCAAAUAAUUCUACACCUGCUUCAUUUAGUUUCACAGGAAUGUAGCAACAUGUGUGUUAAUGUCAUAAUAGAGCACGGCAAGACCUGAAUCCCUCCUUGCUUGUGUUGUCUCCCUGUCUCCAUGAUUAGCAGGGUCUUGUCAGAUACAGUCUUACUUCUGGCGGCAUUGUGUCGGACUAUUCUACUGUUAAUCCACAUGAUUGUAUGUUAUUGUAGACCUGCACUGGUAGCAGAAAUGGCUUCAUAAUAUACCAUAUAUAAAUGUCCUCACUAGUUCACAGGUUUGUAUAUACUGAAUUCCACCAUGCCCCAUGGGUGGAUGACUUCCAAAUGUAGGGACAACAUCCCACGGUGGUGACAUGUAUGCACUGGUGAUGGUGGCCGUUGUGUGUACAGACUGUGAAGUAUUGCCGAUGUACACAGGAGACAGGAAGCUAGGCAGGCAGGCAGGAGGGUUCAUGCUGCACCUUCUUUACAUAUCCCUGUAACAACACUGUUCAUAGUCUCACUCCCAUCUUCCCGAGGCAAGAGGGUUAACUGACUUUAAAAGUCCAGUUUCCACCCUUGCCGAACAAGGCUUAAAUUCCUUGGCUUGAUCUUAGUGCCACAAGUGGCUAUUACGAGGUUAUGUCCCUUCUAUGCCUUUCCUAUGGACCAAUCAGAUUCCAUAUACUCUCAUAUCAUUUGCAUCAGCUUCAAACAAAAUGGCAGCCCCCAGCCAAGAGGAUCUGAUCGAUACUCAAGAUCUAUUUUGUGAUAAGACAGGUCUUACAUCGCGAAGUGCCUCAAAUCACGUGAGCACCUUGAUUGAAAACAUGAAAAGAUUUGGAAAAUAUCUCUUGACAACGAAUUGGCAGUGCACAUGUUUUGCUAAUCCUACAAUUGACCAAAAUCUGCAUGACAGUUUACGAACUGGAUUUUGAUUUCAAUGUGCGAUUUUGAUUGGACUAUGCAUAGACUUGUUAGUCCAGCCAAAUUCUAACUCCAUAAUACCAGCCUUGUUUGACAAGGGUCGAAAAUUGACUUUUAUAGUCAGUUAACUCCCUUGCCUCGGGAAGAUGUCUCACUCCUUGCACAUCCACAACAACCAAACAAUGAUUGAGAUGCCCAGUGUCCAUGAUGUGCACAGAUUACUGUGGGAUGUAGCUCUGCACGGGAGAGUCCAGGGAAGGCGGGCCUAUCACAACUAACAUGUAAACCAUCAUGAGGUUGUGUUCACGUCAUGAUAUAGGUACUGUGACGUGUCAACCAUCGUGGGUUUCACCGAAGUGGUAAACGUCUUAGACCUGCAUCACUUCGGGCUUUCCUCCUACAUUAAGCCGUGAUAUAACUGGAAUAAAGUUAAAAGCGGAGUUAAAACCCAAGUCACUCACGUCAUGAUAUAGGUACUGUGACGUGUCAACCAUCAUGAGGUUGUGUUCACGUCAUGACAUAGGUACUGUGACGUGUCAACCAUCAUGAGGUUGUGUUCACGUCAUGACAUAGGUACUGUGACGUGUCAACCAUCAUGAGGUUGUGUUCACGUCUUGACAUAGGUACUGUGAUGUGUCAACCAUCAUGCGGUUGUGUUCACGUCAUGACAUAGGUACUGUGACGUGUCAACCAUCAUGAGGUUGUGUUCACGUCUUGACAUAGGUACUGUGAUGUGUCAACCAUCAUGCGGUUAUGUUUACGUCAUGACAUAGGUACUGUGACGUGUCAACCAUCAUGAGGUUGUGUUCACGUCUUGACAUAGGUACUGUGACCUGUCAACCAUCAUGAGGUUGUGUUCACGUUAUGACAUAGGUACUGUGACGUGUCAACCAUCAUGAGGUUGUGUUCACGUCAUGACAUAGGUACUGUGACGUGUCAACCAUCAUGAGGUUGUGUUCACGUCAUGACAUAGGUACUGUGACGUGUCAACCAUCAUGAGGUUGUGUUCACGUCUUGACAUAGGUACUGUGUGCAGCCACCUUUUCAAGACCCUGGAGUUGCCUCUGCUCUGAUGAUGAUAAAUUGGGAAGAUGUUGCGUCUCAUUCAUUUCUCAGCAGUAGAUUUAUGAUAGUCAAUAUACAUUUUAGGAAAGGAUUUUCUUUGUACAAAUUGUAUUUGAACCUGAUUUUAGAAUGAUUUGUUGUAAAUCUUUUAUGAUAUGAAUCAAGGACUUUUUUUAUGAAAUGAGCUAAGUCACGGUACUUCCACCAACUGUGCAAUUGUUUGUGGACUGAAACAUACUCUACAGUUACGGGGGUUUGAUGUUAGUGUGUCAGGACUGCUCUCUAGACGGUGUAGACGUCACACAUUUCACAGCACCUGUGUCUAGCAUGUGUAUUAUUUAGCUGUGUGUGAGUCUGUGGCACUUCUGUGACUUGUACAUUUCACGCCACCCUGUACAUGUUACAUGUGUACAUCUCAUGUUGAAUGAACAAUGUAUUUGUUACAA